CCCCACCAAUCCACCUGCAUGAACAACGAAGCUUGCAUAUGGCAAUUCAGCGACAUCACUUAUCUUCAAGUUUAUUAUUCUCCAGCGGUUCUUCCACCUGCUGGUUACACAACUGGUGAUCUUCCGCCGCAACGGCGCCCAUUCCGCAACUCCAGCCUGAAGCCAUGCGAAAUAUUUGCCUCCUGCUCGCCGCGAUUCUCAACACCGGUUCUGCGGCAAGAUUGACCACUUUAUUCCCCUUCGAAAGUCCCCUCAGUCACGACGACGCUCUCCCCGAACCCUUCAAUUUCACCCUCGCCGACCUCAAUGACUCCGUACACGAGCUGCUCCGCCGCCAAAGCAACGCAUGUCCCCGGGGAUACAACAAUUGCAACCACCUCGGCGCUCCGGGCCUGUGCUGUCAGUCGAAUAGCAAUUGCGCUCGGGAUCCGAACGGCAAUCUUGCCUGCUGCCCUAUAGGAGCGGCCUGCACGGGGGUGGUUAGCAGCACGGUCCUGGGGGACUCUCCGUCGAGCUCCUCCGUCAAUGGCGGCGGCGUCAUAAUAGGAGGGACAUCAAGUGCUAGUUUCGGUGCCCCUGCAGCCACCACGGCGGCCGGUACAGGAUCGAUGGUGCCGAAUCAGUAUUACCCAUAUCCGUACAUCUCAACAACAUACGUGAACGCUGCAGCAUGUUCGUCCGCAUGGUCUACAUGCCAAGGCCACUCGACGUCAUGCGCCGGAGCUCUAGGAGGAGGAGUGAAUGGGAUCACCGUGAGCGCGCCAAAUGGAGGAGUGACCGUGCCAGGUGCGACGGCGACAUUCCAGCCGGCGGAAGCGAGUGCGAUCUGUAGUAGCUUGAGUGCCCAAGCAUGCUACGGCCUCCAGGUUGCGGCCUGCGAGGCUUUUGGCACGGGGUUAAACUCCUUCGUGGCGGGGGGUGAUGCUGCUCCUCGACCGACUGGGUGCGAUCUUGCGUACAGGAUGGGAGCCGGGCUGGCAAUGGGGGUUGCUGGUCAACUACUGGCAGCAUGAGGGCGUGGUUGGCUCCAGGACAGAGGAGUGAUUUGAGGUAUGACGCACGAUUUAUGACGGAAGUUGGACCGCUACAAUGCCACGAAGAUGGUAAUUAAUAGGCAUCUGGGGAAAUCUAGCGACGGCGUUUCAAUUGGAUGAUGAAGGCAGCAACUCAUCAUCAAGCAACUCAGCUAUAGAUGACGAUUAAUUGCUACAGCGGACUACUUUCGCCAAGUGUGAAUACCGCGAAUAAAAUGGAGCUCUGAUCGAUUGUUCGACGACGCGUUUAAUAUCACCAUUAUUUCCUUUUACAUGAGGAAGAAACCAGCAAUUUGCCUCCGAUUUAAAAUGAACUAAUGUUCCUAGGCUUAUGUUAUCUUAUCAGCAGUUCUAUGUAUGUCCUUUUGUUUCAUCUAAUGGUCUAGGCAUGUUCGUCAAAUGAGCACUGUUUAUGAAGUCCAUCCUUCU